AGUGCUGCAGGUCAAAUUUCUAAAUGCAUGUUGGCAGAGCCAUGGGACAUCCUUAGGAUUGAAAUAUCAGGUUUUCCAGUGUCACGACUGAGGUUAUUUGUUUGGCGUAUGCAAUCCAGUCAAGCCAAGCCACAGCAUUCUUUAUCAACGAUGUUCAAGGCAUGAAGACCUCCAGGACAUUGAGUCAUUUUGCAGUUCUCGACAAUGGGUGUCAUAGUUUGUGGCUGCCUACACUGACAUCGUGGACUGUCUCGACAAUGCCACCGAAAUUCCGCUGCAAAACAAAUUCCAUGUCCAGUACAAAACCGGUUCAGAAGGGUCCAUUGCCUUCGCGGAAAAUCAAACCUGGGUUCAAGCUGAGUGAGGUCUGAGACAAGAUAAUUAUUUGUCACUUUCUCUGUGGAGCAUGAAGCCCACCACACAUCCUCUACUGUAAAUACCUCAACCGGUAAACUUAUCCACAAUGGGCGACUUGAGGGCAGAUGACCAUGUGGUGGAUCAAACAAGUCUUUAAUUAACAGUAGAUGUGGCAUAUUACUCACUUUUGUCACAAGCUUUGCUAUGCUUUCCUCUCUACAAUCACUGGGUGGAGCAAUGUUGCAGAGAACCAGUAACCAUGGUAGAGGAGUAGAUUUAAGUGCGCCUGAAAUAAUAAGCAUGGUGGAAUUAAGUCGUACGUCCAUCAUCUUUGUGUGAGACAAAUGAGCCCAUGCUGAAGCACAAUACUCCGCCGUUGAAUAACAGAAUGCCAAGGCUGAAGUGUGUAAUGUUUGGGUGUAGGCGCCCACUAUUGAGGUGCAUUGGCAGAGCUGAGAGCCAAGUCCCAGGCCUGGAAUAACAAAGGACUGGAGAGCACUGGCAGAGCUGUUCGGUGUGCCCACACUGGGUUAGCGAAGGGGGCUCCUGUCGCGUUCAGUGCACAGAGUGGACAAGGCUCCGGGGAUGAAUCAGGGCUGUGUUGUGGAGGAGGCUGUUGUCUCUAGGACCCCUGCCGUAUUUAUUGCAGAAGGUAGAAGGCACAGGAGGUUAGCUGCAGAGGCUUUCCAGAUGCCAGAAGUUGUCUGACCAGUUACUGUCAGUAAGUGCUUGGCUUUUGUAGAAGGAAACUUUUCCGGAUGGAACUGCUGAAGAUCCUGCCUUGGCAUCGUGCUGUCUUGGCAGUUGUCCUGAAUCUGCUGGCUCUCUGCCUCUCUACCACAGCCUUGCUUGCCAGCUACUGGUGUGUUGGGACCCAGAAGGUGCCCAAGCCUUUGUGUGGAAAGGGCAAAGCCACCAAGUGCAUCGGUGUGCAUGUGUCCGCGGACGGAGGUGCUACCAAUUCUUCAUCCCAGGACGUAGUGCACUACAGCUGGGAGACCGGGGACGACCGCUUUGCCUUCCGAUACUUCCACACGGGCAUGUGGCUUUCCUGUGAGGAGAACAUGGAAGGGCCAGAUGAGAAAUGUCGUAGCUUCAUUGAGCUUUCACCCCCCGCAGAGAGAGGAAUCCUGUGGCUGGCGUUGGGGUCGGAGAUGGUCUACAUCAGCUUGCUGGUCAUUAGUUUCAUCCUGCUGCUGAUAGAAAUGCUGUACACUGGGAAUCCAGUCUGCGGGCUGAAGCUCAAUGCCUUCGCUGCUGUCUCCUCUGUGCUGUCUGGUCUGCUGGGGAUGGUGGCUCACAUGAUGUACUCACAAGUCUUCCAAGCGACUGUCAAUCUGGGGCCAGAGGACUGGAGACCGCACUCGUGGGACUAUGGCUGGGCUUUCUACAUGGCCUGGGCCUCCUUCACCUGCUGCAUGGCCUCUGCUGUUACCACCCUCAACACUUACACCAAGACCGUGCUGGAGUUCAAGCGUAAUCAUAUCAAAGGCUAUGAUGGGAGCUUCAAGGACCAGUCACAGCACCAUCAGUGCUUCAUGUCGCAGCAGCAGCACAGGGAGCAGAUGAGCAGCUACUACCAGCAGCGAGACAAGUCUCUCCACUCCAUCUCAGAGGGGGUCGACUUUUACUCUGAGCUGCAGCAGAAGGUGCUACAGCGGGAACCUGAACUGGAGCUAGAUGAGGUUUUGGGACAGUCCAUGGAAGAAGAUCGCUGUUAGGGAGUGGGGAGCAGGCUGCUUGGGAAGCAGUAGGGAGAUUGAGGUCUGAACCAAAUACUAGUAUCAUUGUUAUCAAGU